AUGGUUAGUAUUGUUGAGAUUUAUGCCCGUGGGAAUAGGGCUGUUGAUGUCAAUCAACCAACUGGUCUUGAUAUCCAUAUCACCAAUGAUGGUUCUAGUUGGCUUUGGACAGCCUUUUCAAUUUUUGGAGUGGUUUCUUUGAUUCAUAUUUUUUUUUAUUUUCGUCAUCAUAAGAACAAUCUUUCUCAAGCAUUAUUCUACGUUUCUCCCUUAAUUGCUACCCUUUCAAUGACCUAUGCUUACUUCACUAUGGCCUCGAAUCUUGGUUGGACUGGUAUUGCAACUGAAUUCAACCAUGUUACAGUUAGCAGUGGUGGUAAUAUUCGUCAAAUUUUUUACGCGAGAUACAUUGGUUGGUUUUUUGCUUGGCCUGCUCUAUUACUAGCAAUUGCCUUUUCUUCUAACAAUAAAACAAAUUCUUUUGGUGUUCAUGCGUUAUCCUCUUGGAUCUUGAUUGUCUUAUCGGCUGAUAUCUUUGUUAUCAGCUUGUUAAUCGGUGCAUUAAUUGAAUCUUCUUACAAAUGGGGUUAUUUCACUUUUGCUAUUAUUGCACAAUUGUUUUCAAUCUUUUUAGUUUCUCAUCGUGUUUAUGGUAAGCUAUCUUCACCAUUUUUGUCAAAGAUUGGAGCUGGUCUUGUUUUCUUGCUUUGGAUUCUUUAUCCAAUUGCAUGGGCUCUUUCUGAAGGUGGUAAUGUGAUUGAGCCAGAUUCCGAACAAGCAUUCUAUGGUGUCUUGGAUGUUCUCACUUUUGCUGUCAUUCCACUCUUAUUUAUUCAUAGUGGUAGAAAAUCUAGCACUGCUCCAGCAACUUCUCCAGCAGUUGCUCCUGCCUCCAACAAACCUAUUGAACCUGAAACUGCAAGAAAUUCUGGUGAAACUAUUGUUUAA